GGGGCUCGCGGGGAAAGGACUCUGGUCGUCGGACGUUCGGGUUCUCGUCGAAGGAGAGGUGAGGUGAGGUGUUAGGUUGGGUGGGGUGGUUGAUGGAGAGGAAGGGAGGGUGCUGCUUGGCGCCGAGGUACGCGGGGCAGGCGGCCAUGGCGGGGCAGAUGGGGAAGAUCAUGCUCAAGUUCCGGCCGAUUGCGCCCAAGCCGGCGGCGAUGUCGCCUGCGCCUGCGCCCGCCCCGGCGCCGGCCGCACCUGGGGCUGGGAGGGGGAAGCGGAAGGCGGUGGGUGGCGGUGGCAGGAGGGGGAGGAAGCCCAAGAAACCGGCCGCUACGGCUGCUGUGACGGCGCCGCACGCACCGGCACCGGUCCCUGUGCCAGCUGCUGAGGCUGUGCCCAAGGUCGUCGGAGGCUGCAAGGAAAGGGAGAAGGAGAAGGAGAAGUCGUUCUCCUCGCCGUCGUCGUCCUCGUCCGGGAUGACAUCCGUGGACUCGUCUCCUCCACCGCCACCGUCGGCGACGCUGCCGCUCUUGCCUGUGCCGCCGAUGGAGACGAUGACGACGCAGGUUGCCGGAGGUUCAGAGCUGCCGCCGGCGGUAGCCCCCGCGCACUCCGCUGGGCCGUCGGUGGUCGCUCCGCGUCCGCUGCUACCAGCCGCUGCGCUGGUGACGGUGGAGGACGUGACGAGCGUCUGGCGCGACGGCGCCGACGCGCCGUCCUCCGCGGCGCGCGCGGGGGACGAGCACGACGACGACGCCCCGGCGUUCGUCUCGGACCAGUGGGGCCGCGUCACCUGGACGAACGCCGCGUUCCACCGCGCGGUGGCGCCCGGCCUGUCCCGCGUGGCCCUCGCCGCCAAGGGCGCCGUGCCGGCGUGGGGCAGCUGCGCCGGCUUCACCUGCCGCGUGCGCGUCCACCCCUCCUCCCCCCAUCGCCGCGGCGGCUCCCUCGUGGCCCCCUGCGACGUGUGGCGGCUCGACGCCGCCGGCUGCUACCUCUGGCGCCUCGACCUCCAGGCCGCGCUCAGCCUCAGCCUCCGCCUCGGCGGCGGCGCCCUCCCGUGAUACGCCUCCCUCGUACGGAUACGUAUUUCGCCGCGUACUCCGCCACAAAUACCGUAUACCGUAUCCUGGUCUGGCUAGCCGUUAAUUAAUCAUGCCAGGACCAAAUUAGGCCUACUUAAUUACGAGAUCAAGAGGUGGAUUACCAUUAGUUAGUAGCAGAGAGCAAGAUUUGCAAGUGUAAGAAGUAGAAAUUAACUAAUCCAGUGCAGUGAUGCUUCUGGAAUGGAAUCUGCAGGGAAAUGGCAUGCAAGAAGCAUGCGUUUCUUUUUCCUUUUUUAAA